AUGGAUCCUUGUUCAGUGAAGCCGUGUAUGAAUAAUGGAACUUGUAUAAUUUACGGAGAGUCUUUUGAAUGUCGCUGCAAGAAGCCUUACUACGGUGAAAUUUGUCAGAAAGAUCCCUGCACUCUAAAUCCUUGCCAAAAUAAUGGAACGUGUGAAAUAAAGGGAAAGUCUUUUACUUGUACUUGCAAAGAACCGUUCAUAGGAAGAUUGUGCAAUGAAACACCGACACCUUCAUUGAUUCCGACAACAGAACAAGAAGGAACAACACUUGUAACAACUUCUAAACCAGAUCAUCAACGAGAGUCGGCAGCCAUGGUGCGGUUCAACUCGUAA